AUGUCCUACAACCAAGGAUACAACCAAGGGUACCAGCAACAAGGCUACGGCCAACAGCAGCAACCCUACGGCCAGCAACAGGGAUAUGGUCAACAGCAGCAGCCCUACGGGCAACAGCAGGGUUAUGGCCAGCAACAAGGAUAUGCUCAGCAGCAGGGGUAUGCUCAGCAGGGUCAGCAGGGUCAGCAGGGUCAGCAGGUUCAGCAGGUUCAGCAGGCUCAGCAGGGUCAGCAAAACUCGUACCAGCAGCAGCACCAGCAGUACCAGCACCAGCAGCAGAACCCAGCCGCGCCAGACCAGAGCGCAGAACUUCGCAGGUGGUUUGAUGCCGUCGACGCCGACAGAUCGGGACAACUCAGCACCGAGGAGCUCCAGAAGGCCCUCAUCAAUGGUGACUGGACCCCUUUCAACUACGAGACUGUCCGCCUCAUGAUGAACAUGUUCGACACCGACAACUCAGGAAUGAUCAACUUUGCAGAGUUCUCAGGAUUGUGGCAGUACAUUGAGGAGUGGCGCACCUGCUUUGCGGCCUUUGACCAGGACAAGUCCGGGUCGAUCGAUUUCAACGAGCUCAAAACCGCCAUGCGCUCCUUCCGCUACAACCUUUCCGAUGACUUUUUGCGCCUACUCAUCAAGAAAUACGACCGCACCGGCAAGGGCGAUGUGUCGUUUGAUAACUUUGUGCAGAUUGCUGUUACGGUCAAGUCGUUGACCGAUGCCUUUAUGCGCAUUGACAAGGAGGGCCGCGGCUACGCCACCAUCGGCUACGAGCAGUUCUUGGAGCUCGUUGUUACCAACCGGUAG